AAAGCAACAACAACAACUGCGCGCCUAUCACCGACUAUUACAAACGGCAAUUUAGAAUUAAUUUUAUUUGCGCACACAUUUUGCCGCGUGGUCUUCAAAAUUUACAUAGAAACAAACACCAAAAAAGUAAAUAAGCAACAGCAGCUACAACGCGAAUAAUAGCAACAACAACAACUGAAUGGCAAUAAGGAGUACAAGAAGAGGUUCCUGGUUAAAUGCUGACCCAGCCAGCCUACGACUUUAGAUGUGCGCGCUGUGCCACACGUGGAAUAACAAAUUGAAGCUGCCCAGCACGUCACGCCCACAACGAUUACAAGUGCUGCAACUAGAAGAUAGAGAGAACGAACCAGAAGAAGGAGAAGUAAGAGUAGAAGAAGAGCAGCAGCAGCACAAAUUUUUAUACAAAAUACCCCGAACAACUCUAGUGAUAUGGAACUGUGCAUAGCAACAAAGUCAAAAGCUCAAAGUUCAAUGCAUGAAAUCAACUAUCAAAAUAUUAAUAAUAUUGAUAAGAAUCAUAGUAAACGUGAAUGCAGUAAAAGCAACAAAAUAUGCCACCAAAAUCAAAUGAAUACUCUAACGAAUACUCAACUAUUCAGCCACAAAUGCCACACGAAACACAGAGAUCGAGACCACCUGAAAAAGCAACAACAAAACCAACGAGCAACUGCACAAAAUAGCAACAAACACAACAACAACAUUAACAACAAUUGCUAUCUGCCAUGCCACAGACUUUAUCAACUGCUGCCACUGCUGCUGCUGCUGUUAGCCUUGCUGCCACAUGCGACAGCAUCGCCCGGCAGCAGUCGACGCGAUGCUCUGCUCGCCUACUAUAAACGCGCUCAGGUGCGCGAGAGCCUGCCGGAAUACCAGCUGCACGAGGCAAAUGGCUUUGAUUUCGAUGAGGUGCUGCCCGUGGGCAGUGUGGUGUCCGCGCUGACUAAUGCGGAACGCUUGCGCAAACGCAGCGCCACAACGACAACAACCACAGCCCAAGGCACACCACCAACAACGGCAGCAACAACAACAACAACACCAGCUGCRGCACAAACAACAACAAGUUCGGCUACAGCCACUGGCAGUAGCAGCAAAAAAGCAGAGAAAUGUGAGCCAAAAGUCCUCGAGACGCUGCCCGAUGAGCCGUUUUACACCUUCACCGAAAUAGCCGAGGACGCAGCACGCAAAUUCACGGAAUUCCUAUCGAAUAAAUUUCCAAAUGCCAACAUGCCCAUUGCCAUAGAUGAGCAGACGCGAGCGGAGGUUAGCCAUCGGGCGAACGCCAUUGCCAGCCACGCCCUCAACGAGGAUGACAAUCUGCUGGCAUUUGCCAUCGCGGCGCCCAGCAUACACACAGUCGUUGUCAAAUUCAGGGACAAUGUGACGAUACCACCGAAUGAGGUGCAUAAUAAGGCGUACUUGGGUUCCUAUUGGCGGGAAUUGGGAGCCGCCUGGAAUAGCAGCGAUGGCACCCAGGAGUGGGGAGCGCCCUUUCGUGACUGCAACCUGUUGACGGGGCGCUGGCUGUGGCCAUUUCGCAUAUCAUUCACCGACCACCGAAUCAAAAUUGUUGCUGCUGCAUUCGUAGCCGCUGAUGAGGACGUUUGCAACGAUGGUCUGGAGGAAGUGUUUGGCAGGCGUCAUGGCUGCGAUCGCAAUACCACAUUCUGCCUGCUGGUGGAGAAUAAGCCGGCGGCCAGCCGUGAUGUCUACACGUGUUUGUGCCGCGAAUCCUAUUACCUGCCCAAUUCAACGUUGCAGGGCUUUCGCGGUGAUCUGGUGGAGCUGUCCGAGGGCUUUGACAACUUCUCGUGCAUACCCUGUCCGGGUGGCUGUAGUCACUGUGAUCAGCAUGGCGUUUGCCUCAACUUUCAGGAGGAGGACACACUCAACUUGGAUGCCUGUCUGCGCCUGCUGGUCGCCAUUGUGUUGGGCGCCUGCAUUCUCUGCUGCGUGGUGCUCAGCGUGAUUGUGUUUAGGCAACGCAAGUGCAAGGCCAUUGCAUCGGGCAUGUGGACUGUGCUGGAGACCAUCCUGCUGGGCAUUGUAUUACUUUAUGCAUCGGUUGCCGUCCAUUUCUUUCCCGCCUCCACGGAGCGCUGCUUGCUGGAGCCCUGGCUGCGCGAGAUUGGCUUUAUCACGUGCUAUGGUGCGAUUAUCUUGAAACUAUAUCGCCAUCUGGUGGACUUUCGCACUCGCAAAGCGCAUCGCUGGGUGCUCCGCGAUGUGGAUUUGCUCAAAUAUCUGGGCACCAUGGUCUUUGCCGUUAUUUGUUAUAUGUCCGCGUUCACGGCCUCGUCGCUCGAUCUGCUGGAGAGCGCCCAGUUGGAGAGUCUGCGAGAGGUCAGCACCAACACUUGCCAUCCCCUCAAAUGGGAACUGGUGACGCAGACCAGCGAGAUGCUCAUCCUCUGCUUUGGCCUACAUUUGGCCAUUGCCAGUCGCAAUGCCAAUACACAGUUUCGGGAGCGUCAAUUUCUGGUGACAACAUUAACGCUGGAGUUCCUUGUGUCGUCCAGUUUCUAUUUUCUGCGCUUUGUCUAUUUGCCGGAAAUGAGUCCCAGCGCCAUUUUGCUGGCGCUGUUUGUGCGCUCGCAGCUGACGAAUAGCUUCGCCUUGGGUUUGAUAUUUGUGCCAAAAUUGUGGUAUCAGCACAAGCAGGUUCGUUCGCUUGCGUAUGAUCUAUCAAUGCGUUUACCUGUGGAUGCUUUCAAGGGUACGUCACACGAUGCCGGCCAGCGUUUGGGCGGCGGCUAUGCGGGCCUGUGCCUGGGCGAUCCCGACAUUGGUGAGCUGACCAUAUCCGAAAUGAGUCCCGAGGAUAUACGUGCCGAACUCAAAAGACUGUACACACAACUGGAGAUACUGAAGAACAAGACACUGCGCCAGGAUAAUCCGCACAUUAGCAAAAGGCGCGGCGGUCGCAAAGCGGGUCACCGCCGCUUCUCAUUGCAAAAAAAGGGCAGCAAAGAUAAGGCUUUAAGUGCCAAACAUCGCAGCAAUAAGCAUCAUCAGGAUAUUGAGAUAACCGAAGCGGAGCCAUCACGCACGCCCGAGGACUCAGUUUGCAGUGGCGAGGGACCGACAGAUACCUAUGCCGAAAUAUCGGGCAUAUCGCAUUCAAUGCUAUCCCAUUCCAUGGUAUCACAUUCCGUUGUCUCGCACUCCAAGUAAAUCUUGAGCGAUGCGCCCCCAAAUUCUUGUAAAUAACUCAAAGGAAGAUAGAAACACAAAA